CUUGUGUCAAGUUCGACGUUUUCAAGCCACAUUUACUCGCGAUACUAUUGUACACCCAACAGUAUCAUAAAUGAUCGCUAUAUUUAUUAGUGAAAUAGCUAUAAUUUUAUAGGUAAUUCUCUUCUGAACUGACGCACAACCAGAUAUUUAGUGAACUCAAGUCACUGAAAAGAUUUGUACAACAGCCAUCGUGUCUCUGUGAUUAAAGAUAUUGUUCAAGACAAAACAGUUAAAAUGGGUUUUUUGAUACAUGGUUUUUUCAAAUCCUUCUCGCCAUGGAAAGACGCAUUCAAAGAAGACUGGACAUGGGAUACUGAUAACAGGUCACCAGACGUAUUUUUAUGUUUAGAUAACAAGAUCGCAUGUUUUCAUAUUGAUCCAGUGGAUAUGAGCACAGGGACGGCCGCUGUCCGUGGAAAUAAGGCUUUCACACAUGGCCAACAUUACUGGGAAGUAAAACUGUCUGAUGUCUAUGGGACAUCAGUAAUGGUUGGAGUAGGAACAAAAGAUGCUGUGCUACAUACRAAUAAUUAUGAAUAUGUGAACCUUAUUGGCAAAGAUAGCCAAAGUUGGGGCUUGUCCCACAAGGGAGAGAUAUGGCACAAUGGAAAAAAAAGAAAAUUCUGCGAGCCAUUUUUCGAUUCCACUGUGAUUGGUAUUUUGCUAGAUAUGGAUCAAGGAACUUUGUCGUAUUUUAAAAAUAAUGAACUCUUAGGAGUAGCAUUUUCUGGGCUGUGUGAAAGUACUUCGGAGCUGUAUCCGAUUGUUUCAUCUACUGCAACUGAAUCAGAAGUGGAGAUUGGGGAUCGUAGCUGUAAAUAUAUGUCUCUUCAAGAUCAGUGCUGGAAAACAAUCUUAAAACAUGUUUCUGAAGACAAGACUGAAUCAUUGCCUUUACCUCCAACACUGUGUAAAUAUCUCAAAGCAAAGACAUAAAUCAUUUAAUAUAAUAUGUAAAUAAUGUUGCUAUAGUUAUAAGAAUUAUAUCACAUGUAUAUUGUUGAUGUAGAGGAAAAACUUAUGUAUAUUAUCAGAAUAAUAAGGUUUAUGAGUAUACAAAUAAAUAUAAGGUUGAUAUUUGGAAAA